GUUGUCCCCACCUGUGGCUAUUCUUGCAAGUGUGUGUUUUUUUUUAGGUUUUUUUUUUGUGGUGGUAUUCCUCGCUCGGGCUUGUACACGUCGUAUUUUUAAUACCGACGGGGCAUAUAAGCAUCUCGACUACAUUGGUUUUACUUGCACAAGCAUCGUACAACACUACAACAACAAACAUGGCUAGCACUUCUUUUGAUCGCUGCAAGAUCUUGGAUAAUAUCCUUGAGCAUAUUGGGGGUACGCCCAUGGUGCGUUUGAACAGGGUAACAAAGGACGCUGGUUUGGAAUGUGAUUUGGUGGCCAAAUGCGAGUUUUUUAACGCGGGUGGGUCAGUUAAGGAUCGUAUUGCCAAGAGGAUGGUGGAAGCUGCUGAACGGGAUGGAAAGUUGAAGCCCGGAUAUACGCUCAUCGAACCUACUUCUGGCAACACAGGAAUUGGUCUUGCCCUUGCCGCCGCGGUGAAAGGCUACCGCGCCAUCAUCACACUUCCUGAAAAAAUGUCUCAAGAGAAAGUCGACGUUCUUAAAGCCCUUGGCGCGGAAAUCAUUCGUACACCUACUGAAGCAGCGUGGGAUGCCCCCGAUUCGCACAUUGGCGUGGCGAGACGGUUGAACGCUGAAAUCAAAGAAUCUCUUAUCCCAGAUCAGUAUACGAACCCGAAUAACCCAUUGGCGCAUUAUGAGGGAACAGCGGAGGAGAUUAUUGCUCAGUGCGGGGGACAGGUGGAUAUGUUUGUGGCAAGUGCUGGGACGGGAGGCACGAUUGCUGGAGUCGCGAAAAAGCUGAAAGAAAAGUUUCCGAAUGUGAAGGUUGUCGGGAUUGACCCGAAUGGCUCCAUUCUUGCUCAACCAGAGGCCUUGAACAAGGAAGGAAUCCAUUCUUACCAGGUGGAGGGUAUUGGCUAUGAUUUUGUCCCCGAAGUGCUGGAUCGACAGUAUGUGGACGAAUGGAUCAAGACAGAUGACAGAGAGUCCUUUUUGAUGGCUCGCAGACUGAUUCGCGAAGAGGGAUUGCUCUGUGGUGGAUCAUCAGGAGCUGCUGUCGUCGGAGCUAUCAAAGCUGCCAAGAGUUUGAAACCUGGACAACGCUGCGUGGUCCUCUUGGCUGACUCUAUCCGGAACUACAUGACAAAACACUUGAAUGAAGAUUGGAUGAAAUCUCACGGCUUUAUCGAUGCCACGACCGAAAAGAUUGAGGCAGACAAGAAAUCCCAAUGGGGUGGUGCAACCAUUAAAGGAUUGAAUCUCCCGGUCGCUGUCACAGUCCCUGAAACGACCACCUGUCGCGAGGCAGCCCAAGUUAUGCAAUCUCGUGGAUUUGACCAGCUCCCCGUCACCUCUUCGACAUCAAGUAAGCUUGUUGGAUUGGUAACUCUAGGAAACCUCCUCGCCAAAGUCGCCUCUGGGCGCGCCAGACUUGAAGAUCCCGUAACAAAAGCCAUGUUUACAUUUAAACAAAACAAGAAAUUCACGGAAUUCACUGUAGAGACGCCCCUGGAGAGUUUGAGCAGAUUCUUUGAAACAAACUCGUCAGCGAUCGUUACAGAGAACGUGAGUGGGGAGCUACAGGUUCGGCAUGUGGUGACCAAGGUGGAUUUGUUGGGGUACUUGAUUCAUCAUUCUGGAGUAGAGGCUGUAGGGACUCGAUAGGAGCAAACAGUAGUCUAGAUGAUACAAGAUCAUGUUAGAAAAAAAUUAUGUUUUGUGUAGCUAGCUUGCAAUACAGAAUAGCGUCUGAUUCCCAUUCAAACACAAGAGUUUUUGUUGUAAUCCAGAUUUUAGCAAUCACCCGAUAUCACAUUCACAAAUUUCAUACACAAGAUCAUAUAUCCCU